AUGGCUUUCACUUUGUCGACCACCAAUGUUUUCAUUGUGAGCAUUGUUAUGCUCCUGUUCUAUCGUUUCGCUACCCUUAUUUAUCGAUUCUAUUUCCACCCACUCUCCAAAUUUCCCGGUCCCAAGUAUCUAGCUGCGUCGGCCCUAUCCCAGUUCUACUAUCAAAACAUCAAAGGAACCUUCUACAAGGAAAUCCGAGACUUGCAUGAUCAGUAUGGAGAGAUUGUUCGCGUGGCACCCAACGAACUGUCAAUCGAUGGGUCAAUCGGCUGGGAUGACAUUUAUGGGCACAAGAAAGCCGGACAGGUGGAAUUCGGCAAGGAUUCGUUGUUCUAUCGUCCGCUAGAUCAGGGCAAAGGUCUCGAUGGCCAUGGUGCACACGAUAUCAUAAUGUCGAAUCGAGAAGACCAUCGACGGCAAAGGCGACUCAUGGCUCAUGCUUUCUCCGAUGCGGCACUCUAUGCGCAGGAAGAUAUUAUCAAGUCCUAUGUUGAUCUUUUGAUGCGAAGACUAGAAGAACACUCGGUUCAAGGAAAGAAACUCGACAUGGUUAAGUGGUAUAACUACACUACAUUCGACAUUAUCAGCGAUCUCGCGUUUAAUGAUACGUUUGGAAGCUUGGAGAGCAGCGCCAUGCACCCCUGGGUUAGCAUGAUCUUCGAUUUCAUAAAAGUGAACACACAGUUACGGCUGUUCGCCCAGUAUCCAAUCCUGAAGCCAUUCGUCGGUUUCGUCAUCAACCAAAGCGACAUCGAUGUAAUCGAGCGGAACCAAGCCCUCACUUCCGCCAAACUCGACAAAAGACUGGCGCAAGAGACGAACGGGGCGAGGAAUGACUUCCUCACCUACAUCCUGCAACAUAACGAUGAGAAAGGGAUGAGCCAUCCAGAGAUCCUCGGCAACUGCGAGACUCUCAUCGUGGCGGGCAGCGAGACCACGGCUACACUUCUGUCGGGCUUAACUUACUAUCUAAGUCAGAGCCCAGAGGCCUGGAAACGGUUGAAGGAUGAAGUCCGGGGAGCUUUCAAGACGGAAGAGGAAAUCACCAUGCGCUCUACGGCCGCUCUGCCAUACCUGUUUGCUUGUCUGGAAGAAGGCUUGAGAAUGUACCCGCCUGCCGUCGUAACCCCACCACGAUUCUCCCCCGGCGCGACCGUGAACGGAGAAUACAUCCCUGAAGGCGUGAGUCCUGGUUCUUCCAUACACACUAAACACAUACAAACCUUAGAUCCCAUAUCUCUAGUCGAGAACAUGCAAGGCAAAUCCAUAUCUCUUCCGAACAUAUUACCCAAGACUACUCAGCUGACACCCAAGAAUCAGACAAAAGUAUGGAUCCACGCAUACUCCACCACGCACCGCAGCAGCAACUUCCACCUCCCCGACACCUUCGCCCCCGAACGCUGGCUCCCGGACAUGCACCCGUACUACUCGCCGCGCUUCGCGCACGACAACCGCAGUAGCAUGCGGCCGUUCUCCCACGGCCCGCGCAACUGCAUCGGCAAGAACCUGGCUUAUUCCGAGAUGCGGCUUAUCCUCGCGAAGCUGGCAUGGAAGUUUGAGCUCGAGCUGGCGCCGGAGAGCGAGGGCUGGGAUGUGGGACAGAAGGUGUUUACAAAUUUUGAGAAGCCACCGUUGGUUAUGAGGUUGCAUUUGGUUGCUGGGGCGGGAGAGAAAUGA